AUGGAUCCCUUUAGAGACUGGUCGGGUCUUCCUCGGGAGAUGUUGGAAGCUUUGGUGAAGCAUUUGCUGUCCAUUGAAGAUUUCAUGGCUUUCAGAGGAGUUUGUGCUUCUUGGCGAGAUGCGGCAACCGAAGAUAAGUUUGUUAAUUCGUCGUCUCGGAUUCCCCUGCUUAUGCUUGCGGAUAAAAAAGAUAGCGACCAACGUGAAUUUUAUAGCCUUUCGAAAAACAAGAUUAAUAUGACAUCGUCACUCCCGGAGGCAAAAGGUAAACGAUGCAUGGAAGCCGGGUUUGGGUGGGUUUUGACAGUUUCGAGCUCAGGGGAGCUCAAUUUAUUGAAACCUCUGACUCGUUCUCAAAUCCAACUCCCCAGCUGCACAACUUUCCCUGAUAACCAAGACACUGAUUUUUCUGACUUCUUAUUUAUACAAAGAGUUGCUCUGUCAGCUAAUCCAUCACACGCAUCAAGUUUUGUUCUUAUGGUAAUUCACGAAUGGGGUCAAUUCUUGGGAUUUUGGAGGCCUGGCGACCUGACAUGGACCAGUAUUGAGCCAGGCAUACACCAUUUUGGGGAUGUUCGUUUCUACAAUGGAAUCUUCUAUGCGGUGGAUAGACAUGGCGAUGUAUGGGCGUGGGAUGAAUCCUCAUCCAAACUCAAGUGUGUCUUUGGUACCAAUCCUAGAUCAUUCAUCAAUAGAGAUGCAUAUCUAGUGGAAUCAUCUAGCGGCAAGUUACUAACUAUUACCCGGGAUGGUGUUUUACUUAACGAGGAGGAUGAUCAAAGUUAUGGGGUCAACAACUUUAAGGUGAUUCAAUUGGAUGUGACAAAAUGCGAGUGGGAAGAGAUCACAUGUUUGGGAAACGAUGCUAUUUUUGUUGGCCAUAGUUCGGCUGUCGCUAUCGUGGCUUCUGCCUUUCCGGAUGUCAUUAAGUCCAAUUGUAUCUAUUUUACAGACGAUUGUUGGGAAGCCUACACCUAUAGGGAGAUGCUUGGAAGAGGAGGAGGGCGGCUUGGUUUAGGGGGCGGUGAAGACAUGGGAAUUUAUCAUCUUGAAGAUGGAAGUAUUGAGCGUUUCAGUAACAUCGAGUCUGUUAGCUUUAUAAGUCCGCCAGUUUGGAUAUCAUUCUAA